UGCGCCAACACACUAGGCGCGACCUUUCGUGCAGCGAACAGUGAGGCUUCGAAACAGCGACAGAAACUCGGUUUUACUCCGUUUAUAAUGUUUAUUUGCAAAUAUUUCAGAGGAGAUUAAGUGACUGUAACCGAGGAAGAAAAACCGAACCGAGAUGCUUCGUUUUUCUCUGGUAGUUUGUGGCAGAGGAGCCGCUAAAAGGUUUGCAUCGUCGUUCUCUGGUCAGAGCGCUCUGCCUCCGAAUUUACUGCUGCCCACCAACCUCGUGGAUCCUGCCAGAUUAAAGCGUCCUCCUCCUCCCGCAGACUGUUCACUGCCUCUCCUGAGGAAGUGUGAUGCUGUCGUUCCUGCUCACCUGAGCCCCGUCCAGACGUGGGUGGAGACUCUGGAGAGGCAGGACAGCGAGCCAUUGGGUUUGGCUCACCUCCACCCUGACGUCUUUGCGGUGCCUCCGAGGCUCGAUAUUCUGCACGAUGUUGAAAUAUGGCAGAGAAAUUUCAAGAGAAUCAGCCACGCCAACACAAAGAUCAGGUCAGAGGUCAGAGGUGGGGGCAGGAAACCGUGGAGACAGAAAGGAAGUGGAAGAGCUCGUCACGGAAGCAUCCGAUCACCGAUAUGGAGAGGAGGUGGGGUGUCUCAUGGACCCAGAGGGCCAACCAGUUACUACUACAUGUUACCCAUGAAAGUGCGAGUGCAAGGACUCAAAGUGGCGCUGAGCUCCAAGAUGACUCAGGACUUCCUUCACAUUGUGGACUCCCUGAACAUCCCCACACCGGACUCUCAGUAUCUACUGGACCUCAUCAGACAGAGACACUGGGGAGAGUCGGUGUUAAUAGUCGACGUAGGUGAAGAGUUUCCUGAGAACAUUCUUCAGGCCACAGCAAACUUAAAGACAGUGAACAUCAUUCCAGCCAUCGGUCUGAAUGUCCACAGCAUGCUGAAACAUGAAGCUGUCGUCCUCACUCUGGACACUGUCCGGUUUCUUGAAGACAAGCUGCUCUGGCAUGACCAGCGCUACACACCUCUGUACCCGUUUAAACUGCCCUACUCUGACUUCCCAUAAAUGACGUGAUUAUUACUUGUAAUAUAUUCAUUCACUGCAGUGAGCCAGUUGUUUUCUUAAUGUGUUUAUUGUGUUUCACAACAAAAGUCAUUAAUAAAUAAUCCCAAUGAUACAAAAAAAACAA